CGUGUUCUCUUUUCAUAAACCUUCAAUAGUCAUCAUGGUAUUUCGUCUUGCAACUAUAAUAGCCGCAAUUGCUACUGUUGCUACCAUUAAAGUAUCAGCUCAAGUUGAUUACUGGCAAUCAUUCAAAACACAAGUAAAUCCUGCAAACAUUAGCAUUCCAAGUAUUGCGCAAACAAUAAGCCUGGAACCUUCAGUAGAAUGCACUUACUAUAAUCCUGAUCCUGCAUACAUUAGAAUUAAUGCUUCUGAAUUUCCUACUGUUUGGCAAGUAGCUACUACCAAUGGCAUGGCAUCAAGCAGUGAGUUCCUCAAUCUCUAUAAUUCGAUUGAUUGGAAUAGUGCACCCAAUAUUCAGCCUCGUAAAAAGAACCCAGAUGGCUCUCUUGAUUUCACAGGCUAUCCUAGCUCUGACCCUGACUGUUGGUGGUCGUCAUCGCUCUGUACUACUCCAAAGCAUCCUGGAAUCAAUGAAGAUAUUGUCGCAUGCAGUGAACCCGAGACUUGGGGUCUGACUUAUGAUGACGGGCCUAAUUGCUCUCACAAUGCAUUCUAUGAUUAUCUUCGAGAACAUGAUUAUAAGGCAACCAUGUUUUAUAUUGGAUCAAAUGUCAUUGAUUGGCCAUAUGGCGCUAUGCGAGGUAUGCAAGACGGACAUCAUAUUGGUGCCCAUACCUGGUCUCAUGAGUACACAACCACCCUCACAAAUCAAGAGGUGCUUGCGGAAUUCUAUUAUACGCAAAAGGCCAUCAAGCUUGCCACUGGUGUGACCCCUCGCUAUUGGCGUCCUCCUUAUGGUGACGUUGAUGACCGUGUUCGGUGGAUUGCUAGUCAGCUGGGACUUACUGCUGUCAUUUGGAACCUUGACACUGAUGACUGGGCAGCCGGAGAUACAGCGACAAUGCAACAGAUUCAAAGUAAUUAUGACGCUUUUAUUGAAAUGGGAACCAAUGGUACCUUUAAGCAUACAGGAAACAUUGUAUUGACUCAUGAAAUCAGUAAUGAUUCGAUGACCUUGGCCGUCAAUAACCUGGCUAGGAUAUCAAGCGCCUAUAAGAACAUAAUGAAUGUAGCUACAUGUAUGAAUAUCUCAAAUCCAUAUUUUGAAGACUUUAUAUAUCAACCUUUGGCAAAUGGAAGCUUAGGAAAUCAAACUAAUACGCCUAUACCUUCUAAUAAAGCCAACCCAAGUACAAUCAGUAGACCUUCGCCUAAGCAAGCUGCAGCUCAAAAAAGUUCUGCCAACGCCGUUGAGCCUCAUAGGUUUCCCCUUAUGAUAGUCUUGAUGCUCAUCUUGGCUGGAUUUUUACUUAAUUGUUAAAAAAAUUGAUUGGGUAUCAAUAAACAUAUACAUAUAGCGGUAUUUUGGUAAGAUCACAAGACUUGUGUGAGUGCUCGGUUGUAUUAUUUACCUUUUGGUUUGCCAGUCUAAUAGUGAUAGAUAUGUGAUAGUAAAUAGACGCUGUCUUCAUUUUGCUUAGUAAUUAUAAUUGAUAAAAACGCC